AUGAAAAUGGAGUGGAAACCAGAGCAAGAAGGGUUACGACAAAUACUUACUCUUCUCAAGGAGUCUCAAUCACCAGACACUGCAACUCAAAGAGCUGUUCAACAAAAAUUGGAGGAAUUGAAUAAAUAUCCGGAUUUUAACAAUUACUUAAUUUUUGUAUUAACCAAACUGGUCACCGAAGAAGAGCCUACAAGGUCUCUGAGUGGUUUAAUUUUGAAAAACAAUGUAAAAGCACACUACAAUAACUUUUUACCCGAGGUUGCAGAAUUUAUUAAACGUGAAUGUCUUUCGGCGGUUGGAGACCCUUCUCCUCUAAUAAGAGCCACUGUGGGUAUUAUUAUUACCACUAUUGCGAGCAAAGGUGAAUUAACUUCUUGGCCCGAGCUCUUACCAGCAUUAUGUCAAAUGCUUGACUCUCAAGAUUACAAUGUUUGUGAGGGAGCGUUUGGAGCAUUACAAAAGAUUUGUGAAGAUACUGCAGAACUACUUGAUAGUGAUGCACUCAAUAGACCAUUAAAUGUGCUAAUACCGAAAUUCCUACAGUUUUUUAGACAUUCUUCACCCAAAAUUAGAUGUCAUGCUAUUGCAUGUGUAAAUUACUUUAUAAUGGGGAGAACACAAGCUCUUAUGUUGCACAUUGAUUCGUUUAUAGAGAACCUUUUCCAUUUAGCUGCAGAUGAAGAUCCUGAUGUUAGGAAAAAUGUCUGUCAUGCCUUGGUUUUACUUCUAGAAGUCAGAUUGGACAGGCUCAUACCACACUUACCAAAUAUUAUUGAGUACAUGCUAAUUCGCACACAAGAUCCUGAGGAAGGAGUGGCUUUAGAAGCUUGCGAAUUUUGGCUAUCUCUAGCAGAACAAAAUGUUUGCCGUGAGGUAUUAGGGCCACGUUUACCAGCUCUUCUGCCAGUUCUGGUACAUGGUAUGCGAUAUUCUGAAAUGGAUGUAAUUCUUCUGCGCGGUGAUCGCGAUGACGAUGCUGACGAUGCCGAACCGGAUCGAGAGUCUGACAUUCGCCCACGCUUCCAUAAACCGCGCUCGCACACCGUCAAACACAAUGCCGGCGCAGGCGACAGCAACAUGUCGGGCGGUGGCGAGUCGGAUGACGAGGACGAAGGCGGCGCGGAUGCGGACGACGGUUCGCUGUCCGACUGGAAUUUACGCAAGUGCAGCGCGGCCGCGCUUGACGUGCUCGCCAACGUAUUCGGAGCGGACUUGUUGCCUGUCCUCUUUCCUAUACUCAAGGAGACACUAUUCCACGAGGAUUGGGUUAUAAAGGAGAGCGGCAUCCUGGCGCUGGGCGCGGUGGCGGACGGCUGCAUGGGCGGCAUGGUGCCGCACCUGCCCGACCUGGUGCCGUACUUGGUGUGCUGCCUGGCCGAACGCAAGGCGCUGGUGCGCGCCAUCACCUGCUGGACGUUGUCGCGCUACUCGCAUUGGAUUGUGUCGCAGUCGCACGACCUCUACCUGCGCCCCGUCAUGACCGAGCUUCUGAAACGUGUCCUCGACAACAACAAACGAGUGCAAGAAGCGGCGUGCUCGGCGUUCGCAACUCUCGAAGAAGAAGCAUGUACAGAACUUGUUCCAUACCUCGGACAUAUUCUACAGACUCUUGUCUAUGCCUUCAGUAAAUAUCAGCAUAAAAACUUACUUAUACUCUAUGACGCUAUUGGAACAUUGGCAGACUCUGUUGGGCAUCAUUUGAACAAACCAGAAUACAUAAAUUUGUUAAUGCCUCCUCUUAUCACAAAAUGGAAUGUGUUAAAGGACGAAGACAAGGACUUGUUCCCUCUCCUUGAGUGUUUAUCAUCAGUAGCUACUGCUUUACAGUCUGGAUUUCUACCAUAUUGCGAACCAGUCUUUAGGAGAUGUGUUUCGUUAAUAGAACAAACACUAAAUCAAAAUAUUGCAAAUAGUCAAAGCCCAGAACAGUUUGAAGCACCAGACAAGGACUUUAUGAUUGUGGCAUUGGAUCUAUUAAGUGGAUUAGCUGAAGGCCUAGACGGACACAUUGAUAAUCUUGUACAUAAUUCUAACCUUAUGCAGCUACUCUACCAGUGUAUGCGAGAUCCAAUGCCUGAGGUUCGUCAGUCAUCGUUUGCGCUGCUUGGGGACUUAACGAAAGCCUGUUUCCAACAUGUACAUAUGUACAUACCAGACUUUCUACCAAUACUUGGGAUGAAUCUUAAUCCGGAGCUCAUUUCUGUAUGUAAUAAUGCAACAUGGGCCAUUGGAGAGAUUAGCAUAAAAUUAGGGCCAGAGACGUCAAAAUACAUACCCCUUGUACUUAGUCAUCUAGUUGACAUCAUCAACAGACCAAACACGCCUAAAACAUUACUCGAAAACACAGCGAUUACUAUCGGUCGGCUAGGUUAUGUGUGCCCCCACGACGUCGCACCCGUAUUACAUCAAUUUGUACGCCAGUGGUGCACGUCGCUACGUAACAUUCGGGACAACGACGAGAAAGACUCCGCUUUUCGUGGCAUCUGUCAAAUGAUUCAAGUGAAUCCCGGGGGCGUAGUCCCCGACUUCAUGUUCUUUUGCGACGCGGUCGCGUCCUGGUCGCAUCCUAAAGACGACCUCAAGGAUAUGUGCACGAAGAUCCUGCACGGCUUCAAGAACCAAGUGGGCGAGGAGAACUGGCCAUUCAUUUUUAAAUUAUGGGGAACCAAUAUGAUCUCGGGUCGGGUAGACAUCAUGGCGUCGCUGCCACAACCCUCGCGUACCGUGCCAACAAACCACCGGGCCAUAAACGCCCGCUCCAGACGUCAACAAACCGUUUGGAUGUCCUCUUCGUCUGCACAUUUCUAUUAA